AAUGUCAGCUUUAGGCAAAGUGCCUGUCAUUGGCGCAGCUCCGAAAAUACACAUACACACUAGCAUGCCUGCGAGGCGGGGCCGCAGGGGGUGCGGGCUGCGUGGCCCACGCCGCGUGUCCACUCGGGCCACCGGGUGUGAGGCUGUGUCCCUGCGUGUCGCUGACACACACGCACACUGAUACCAGCCCUGCUUCGACGUGCGUGUCAUGGCUUAAAAAUAGAUGCUAAUUCAUCAACCGGUCUGGCGCUGGCAGCCGAGGCGGCGGUGGCGGCAGAGUCAUGGCCGUGGGGCUGUCUGAGCCGGCGAUCUGCCUCCGGGACUGAGACCCGCGCCGCCUCCCGAGCUUCCCACAGGCGGCAGAAUCUGUUUCCAGGAAAGGUGGUUUGGGAACCAGAUGGUGGGGUCUUCAGGCCUGCGGAGGAAAAGUAGAUGACGGUGGUGAUGAUGUUGAAGCUGAUAGCUGUGGUGGUGGUGACGGCUCUCGUGCUCUGUUUCUGUGCUCCUUCUGACCCGCCAGGGAAAACCACCUCUCUCCCUAAACACCCCAAGAUCCCAUCUCCCCUCACCAGUCCUGAUCCUAAGACCUCUGCUCCUUUUGCCCUCAGCAGCUACCUGGAGACUGACCCCUCAUCAGCCACCCCCGUGGCUGCCACGGUUCCUGCCGCCUCUAAGAUGUGCCCCGGCAACUGGCUCUGGGCCUCGGUGACAUUUAUGGCCCGCUUCUCCCGGAGUGGCUCGAGGUCUCCUGUUCGCACGAGAGGGGCCCUGGAAGAGAUACCAGCUGUCCAGCAUCCCUUCCUCAACGUCUUUGAGUUGGAGAGGCUUCUCUACACGGGCAAGACGGCCUGUAACCACGCCGACGAGGUCUGGCCGGGCCUCUACCUCGGAGACCAGGAAAUAGCCAACAACCACCGGGAGCUCCGUCGCCUGGGCAUCAGCCACGUCCUCAACGCCUCUCACAGCAGGUGGCGAGGGACACCCGAGGCCUACGUGGGGCUGGGCAUCCGCUACCUGGGUGUUGAGGCCCACGACUCGCCAGCCUUCGAUAUGAGCGUCCACUUCCAGGCGGCCGCCGACUUCAUCCACCGGGCACUGAGCCAGCCGGGAGGGAGGAUCCUGGUGCACUGUGCCGUGGGCGUGAGCCGCUCGGCCACUCUGGUGCUGGCCUACCUCAUGCUGUACCACAGCCUCACCCUUGUGGAGGCCAUCAAAAAAGUCAAGGACCACCGAGGCAUCAUCCCCAACAGGGGCUUCUUGAGGCAGCUCCUGGCCCUGGACCGCAGGCUGCGGAAGCGACUGGAGGCGUGAGGGGGCAGAGGGAGGGAGGGAGGUCAGGCCAGGCCUGUGGGUCCCUGGAUCCCAGCUGGAGAGUGGAGGCCCAGGGGGCAGGUUGGAGGCGGCCCAGCGAACCCAUUCUCUCCUGAGAGGGCUGGGACGUGGCCCCAGGCCACAGCUGCUGUCUAUGGAGGGGGGAUGGGGUGAGGCUGGGCAGUGUGACAGUCACCCAGGAGGGAGCUGGCCAGGGAAGGAGGCAGGUAGGCUGCAGGUAGAAGACAGUCCUGGAUCCCAGCCAGGGGGGUCCCGGCGAUUCACAGCCCCUCUUUGUGCUCAAGUGCUCCCCUUGUCCGCGUAUCAGAACAAAAGGACCAGCUCUGCCCUGUACCUCUGCCAGGAAUCAGGGAUGCGGCGAACACAAACGUGAUGGUGUCGAGUUGUGUGGAGGUGGUAGCUCAGGGACAGACGGUGAAGAGAGGGUGUGAAAAGCUAAGGGAGAAACCCACAGACUUGUUACUCCAAACCCGGGAAGAAGAGGCGUGGGAGGCUUGGCACGGCACCCAUGGGUGCUGGUCGUGGCCCAGAACUGCAGAGGUGCAUGACUGGGAGCCUACAGAUAAUCCCUCGCUUACUGGAUCCAAGUGUCUCCAGGAAAAAUAAAAAUGGUGAAUACGAA